GUAUUUGCAUUUCUCGGAGCUUUUGCAGAACAUGCGCAUGUUCAUGUCAAGUGCAGUGCAAAGGAAAUAAUAUUUUGGCUUUCGGGGGCCUAAAAUUAGCUAAAAUGCAUAAGUUAAAGUUUUCGCAAAGAGACAAAGUAAAAAAAUUUAUUACAUUUACACACACCGGAGAACAAACAGCGAUAUAUUGUUUAUCACAGAACGAUUGGAAGUUAGACCUGGCGAGUGAUAAUUAUUUUCAAAAUCCUGAGGCUUAUUUUAAAGAACCAAGAAUUUCAGUGGACAAAAAGAAAUUAGAAAUAUUGUUUAGUCGAUAUCAAGAUCCAAACGAACCAGACAAGAUUACCGCAGAUGGAAUAAUGAAAUUUUUGGAUGACUUGGGUUUAAGUCCCGAGAGCAAAAUAGUAUUAAUCAUUGCAUGGAAAUUUCGAGCAGAAACACAAUGUGAAUUUACUAAAGAUGAAUUUAUGAAUGGGAUGAUGGAUUUAGGUGUGGACAAUAUAGAUAAAUUAAAAGCUCGUUUAAGUAGUUUAGAAAAUGAAUUAAGAGAUCCCCAGAAAUUUAAAGAUUUUUAUCACUUUACAUUCAAUUAUGCAAAAAAUCCAGGACAGAAAGGUUUAGACCUUGAUAUGGCUAUUACCUAUUGGAACAUUGUACUAGAUGACAAAUUCAAGUUCCUGCCAUUAUGGUGUCAAUUUCUACAGGAGCACCAUAAGAGGUCAAUCCCAAAAGAUACAUGGAAUUUACUAUUAGAUUUUGCGCUUAUGAUUAAUCCUGAUAUGAGUAAUUAUGAUGAAGAGGGAGCCUGGCCUGUAUUGAUAGAUGAUUUUGUAGAGUGGGCUCAGCCUCGAGUUCGUCAGUCUCUCUAACAUCUUAUUACAUUUUUAACUCCAUGUGAAAAAAGCUUUAUUUAUUCAACUAUAAAAUCAUAUAAUCAAGUUAUACUUGAUCAUAUUUUUCUGAUGAAGCAACGUCAUUUUACUUUGUGUACAGAAUAUAUAGCAAUGAGGCAAGAGUGUUAUAAUUAUUUGAAUCAAUCAUGCUGUAUAAUAACCCUAUAAUGUAAAUUGCUUAUAAACGAAAAUUACUUUCAUAUAAAGUACGAAUUUAUAUAAGAUAUGAAAUUAGAGGGUCUAUCAAUAUAUAAGUAAAAAUUACAUUGAUGUUAAAGGCUUGCAACACUAUUAUAUGUUUAAAUUUGCAAUGUUAAACUUUCACCUGUACAAAGUAAUAUGAUACAUAAUGAGUUUGCUGUUCGAAGAACAGUGUAGUAACAGUGGAAAAUGUUGCUCAAUUACCGAUGGUAUUUGCAAACAUCAGAAAAAAUCGUUUUUCGCGUUCCUUUUCAAGAAUUUGGCUUCAAAAGGAAAAAUGUAUGAAAAAUUCGUUUAUACCUUUUUGUAGAUAGUAAUUUCUAGAAAUUGCGUUAUUAAAAUUGUUACUAAAUAAAUUUUAUGACACUUUACAUAACACUUGUAAUAUAUAUACAAAAAAACACGGAAAGAAAAAUCUGUAUUUUAAACAUAAUGCAAUUUCGGCACCGCUAUACUUAUUCUUUCACGGAAAGAAAAGAAUUUGUUUUUAUUUUAUUAGCAAAGAAGAAUAUAUUGUAUUUCUGAGGUACUAUAGAUGUUAGGAAAAAUAAAUUAAGAAUUUUUUACAAGUUUGAA